AUGUCUGCCCUCAGCAAACGGCAGCAGGCGCGCAACGAGAAGGUCCUGCAGGAUCUUGUUCGGAAUGUCCCAGGAAACAACGCCUGCGCAGACUGCUAUGCGCGGAAUCCGGCUUGGGCAUCAUGGAGUUUGGGCAUUUUCCUUUGCAUGCGAUGCGCCGCCAUCCACCGCAAGCUUGGCACUCACAUAUCCAAGGUCAAGUCAUUGAGCAUGGAUAGCUGGUCAAAUGAGCAAGUCGAGAAUAUGAAAAAGGUCGGCAAUGUUGCGUCCAACAAGUCCUACAACCCGCAGAGCAAGAAGCCGCCCGUCCCGAUCGAUGCCGAUGAGGCCGAUUCGGCAAUGGAGAGGUUCAUCAGGAAGAAAUACAUCAACAAUGGCUUGGUUCCGGCAAGGAGGUACAAUACUGGCAGCACCGAGUCUGAUGAGACUCCCCCGCCGCUGCCCCCGAAACCAGCCAGCCGGUUUGGCUUCCGAAGCCCCUCGUCCAUCUUCCCGUUAGGGUCCAAGGCGAAGAAGGAAGCCGCCGCUAGAGAGCCGCAAAGUCCGCGCGACGUGUCCCAAUUCUCUCCUCGUCGAAGCAAGCCGUCUCAGAUAUUCGGCGCUACUGUCCACUAUGACGAAGGGAAUGAUACGGAAAACAAGCUGGCCAAGCUUCGCAGCAUGGGAUUCUCCGACGAUCAAAGGAACUCUUUGGUUCUGAAAGGAGUCGAUGGGGAUCUUGAGCAGACAAUAGAUGCCCUUGUACGACUAGGCGAAGGUCCCCCGCGCCCUGUGCGCUCUUCGACUGCCCCUCUGGAAAUUUCCGUGUCUGCAAACCGGACAUUAACUCCAGCCAAGAGCGCGUCGUUCGGGCCAGACAGAGCUUCGUCAAAUAACCCGUUUGAUAUGCUCGAUACGCCACCUGCCCAGCCGCAGUCAUCGCAGUCAACGGGCACGCUGCCAAACAAGAACCCAUACCUCAACACAAACCCCUUCGGGAUGCCCGCACAACAGGCGAGUGCCACCCUGGACUGGGCUUUCCAGAACAUGUCCCUGGCACCGUCGCAACCCCUUUUCCCCAACCAUACAGGCGGCAUUCCUACUCCUCCUCAGCAGCCACAAGAAAUUCAAGCAAUGUACCAACAGCCGACGACUUAUCCCAUCCAGUCCCAUGUGCAGCAGCCGAACUACCCGUCGGUUUUGUUUAAUAAUAACCAAGCUAGCACUCCACCGCUCCAGUCGGGCUACAAUCCAUUCUUCGCAAACCAGCAAGCACAACAAUCCCUGACAGUGAACACGGCCGCCCUGCCGGGAGGUUUCGGGAACAAUCCGUUCACUCGUUCGCCGACCAGGAUUCAGUCGCCCCUGCUUACCCAGAUACCCGAGCAGUCGCAGCAAAACUUUUACAGCUCGGCGGCCCAACUGCAGCAGCCCCAACAGCAGAUGAACAAUCCUUUCUUCGGGCAAACAAUAUACACGCCACAACAAGCCGCUCAGCUGUUGCCACGGCCGGACAAGGCCUCGAUCAUGGCCUUGUACAACUACCCACAGUUGUCUUCCAACUCGUUCCAGGUGCAGCCACAGGAGCAGAAUUCAGCUCAGGCAACAGGGCUGGAUCAGAUGCUAGGGUACCAGAAUGUUGCACAUAUACAGCAGCAACAGCAGCAGCAGCAACAGCAGCAGCAGCAACAGCAGCAGCAGCAACAGCAGCAGCAGCAGCAGCAGCAACAGCAGCAGCAGCAGCAGCAGUACCAGCAACAACAGCACCAGCAGCAGCAACAGUACCUGCAGCAGCAGCAGCACCUGCAGCAGCAGCAGCAUCCGCAGCCCCAGCCCCAGCCCCAGCAACCCGCCUUAUUGAGCCCACCACACGGGAAUAAAAAUCCCUUCUUCAGCAGUGGCAGUGUUACAGCAGAUUCGGCCGCAGUGAAUCCAUCGUUGGUCGAUCUGACGUCGGGCAAGCAUAACGUCAGCCGAGACAGCAUCCUGGCCCAUGGCUUGGAAUGGUCAAACGGCCGGCAUAGCCCCGAUGCAUUUGCAAGUCUCAGUGCGAGAGACAUGCGCUGAAGGGCUACCGUCUUGCGACGGGGGAGGACACUGACCAUUGAAGACAGACGUCUUGUAUAUACGCAGAAAUCAUAGCGUUGUAUAAUAUAAUGCAGCCGACCCGUCUGGGUACGAUGGACUUUUACACCCUUAGAGGCAACCCUAGGUGUGAUAAUAAUAAUCGUGUCGAUUCUUCAAUUGGGUAUCAUUCGGACGAAGAAACAGGGUGACGAGGUCCCUCUGAAGUCACAACCCAUACCAUUAACCAAACCCCCUAGUAACGCCAAGCCCACAAGUAGAUAGAUGGUCGAAUGCCAAAUCCAGCAGUAGCAGCAGCAGCACAGUUCCGGGGGGGAUAGACAUCUAGAAGCGAUUGAGAAGAUCAUUAACCUUCCUCCUCUCGUCGACCUCGACAUCAUCCACGAGCACGGCAUCGACCUCCGCCCUGAAGAGACUGCUGCUACCACCACCACCACCACCCCCACCCCCGCCA